AUGCGGGCCGCCGUGCAGCGGAGGCAGGGGGUGACUCCUCGGACCCUGGAGGAACCGCUUAGGGAGGCGGUACCAGGCGGAAACGAAAUUAGUCACUUCCUACCACAUACCCUACCCCUUCUGCAAGCAAGACAUUGGACCACCCACCUGGAAGUAAACGCGGUCGGGUGCCUCGAGAGCCUUAAGCUCAUAGCCCGUGGUGAGACCUCAUCCCAGAUCCAGGUUGAGGUCCAUCAUGUUACACAAAAUGGAGGACUGUAUAAAAGACCGUUUAACGAAGCUUUUGAAGAAACACCAAUGCUGGUUGCUGUGCUUACUUAUGUGGGGUAUGGUGUACUUACCCUCUUUGGAUACCUUCGAGAUUUCUUGAGGUAUUGGAGAAUUGAAAAGUGUCACUAUGCAACAGAAAGAGAAGAACAAAAGGACUUUGUGCCAUUGUAUCAGGAUUUUGAAAACUUCUAUACAAGGAAUCUCUACAUGAGGAUUAGAGACAACUGGAAUCGACCAAUCUGUAGUGUGCCUGGAGCCAGGAUGGACAUCAUGGAGAGACAGUCUCAUGAUUACAACUGGUCAUUCAGGUACACAGGGAAUACGAUUAAAGGUGUUAUAAACAUGGGUUCCUACAACUAUCUUGGAUUUGCACGAAAUACUGGAUCAUGUCAGGAGGCAGCUGCCAAAGUCCUAGAGGAGUAUGGAGUUGGCGUGUGCAGCACUCGGCAGGAAAUUGGUAACCUGGACAAGCAUGAAGAACUAGAAAAGCUUGUGGCAAGUUUCUUGGGAGUAGAAGCUGCUAUGGCAUAUGGCAUGGGAUUUGCAACAAAUUCAAUGAACAUUCCUGCUCUUGUUAGCAAAGGUUGCUUGAUUCUGAGUGAUGAACUGAACCAUGCAUCACUGGUUCUGGGAGCCCGACUCUCAGGAGCAACCAUUCGAGUCUUCAAACACAACAACAUGCAGAGCCUAGAGAAGCUAUUGAAAGAUGCCAUUGUCUGUGGUCAGCCUCGGACACGAAGGCCCUGGAAGAAGAUUCUAAUCCUUGUGGAGGGAAUAUAUAGCAUGGAGGGAUCCAUUGUUCGCCUUCCUGAGGUGAUUGCCCUUAAGAAGAAAUACAAGGCAUACCUGUAUCUUGAUGAAGCCCACAGCAUCGGGGCUCUGGGCCCUGCGGGGCGAGGUGUGGUAGAUUACUUUGGCCUGGAUCCUGAGGAUGUGGACGUUAUGAUGGGAACAUUUACCAAGAGCUUUGGUGCUUCUGGAGGAUACAUUGGAGGGAAGAAGGAGCUGAUAGACUAUCUGCGAACACAUUCUCAUAGUGCAGUGUAUGCCACGUCACUGUCACCGCCCGUUGUGCAGCAGAUCAUCACCUCGAUGAAGUGCAUCAUGGGGAAGGAUGGUACCACCCUUGGCAAAGAGUGUGUACAGCAGUUAGCUGAAAAUACUAGGUAUUUCAGGAGACGUCUGAAAGAGAUGGGCUUCAUCAUCUAUGGAAAUGAAGAUUCUCCAGUGGUGCCUUUGAUGCUCUACAUGCCAGCCAAAAUCGGCGCCUUUGGACGGGAGAUGCUGAAGCGGAACAUCGGAGUAGUUGUGGUGGGAUUUCCUGCCACCCCAAUUAUUGAGUCCAGAGCCAGGUUUUGCCUGUCAGCAGCUCAUACCAAAGAAAUUCUUGAUACUGCUCUCAAGGAGAUAGAUGAAGUUGGGGACCUACUACAGCUGAAGUAUUCCCGUCACCGGUUGGUGCCGCUGCUGGACAGGCCCUUUGAUGAGACCACAUAUGAAGAAACAGAAGACUGAGCCUUUUUGGUGCUCCCUUACGGAAACUCUCCCUCACCCAGGACAGUGUGUGGCCUUUCUGAGCCAGUUCCAGGAACCACACUUCUGUGGCCGUCUCACGUGAAAGACAUUUUCUCAACUACUGACGGUGGCCACCUCCACUCCAAAUGGCAUUUUGUAAAUAGGAAAAACUGCUCCACGUCUUCCUUUGCUGCAUUUCACCUUUUAAAAAAGGUGACUCACUUUGCUUUUUUGUCCAUUAAAAAAUGUUUUAUUUUA